AUGGCUUCAUCACAAGAUGCCUGGUAUUUAUCUUUGCUCGGUUUGGCUGAGAAUUUUCGUACUUCCAGCCCUCCGAACAUUAAAUUAUGUAUUCAGUGUUUACAAGCAGUAUUUCACUUUAAACCUCCUCCUAGAGUGGAAGCCAGAACACAUUUGCAGUUAGGGAAUAUUUUAUUAACUCAUACAAAAAACACUGAUUUGGCUAGAAAUCAUUUGGAACAAGCUUGGUGUUUGUCUCAAAUGAUAAAUGCAUUCGAUGAUGUGAAGUUUGAAGCAGCUAGUGUUUUAGCAGAAUUGUAUGAACAGCAAUCACAGUCUAAUUUGUCAAAGCCCAUAUUGAGAAAAGCAAUUGAACUUUCGCAACACAGUGUUUAUUGGCAUUGUCGCUUAAUAUUUCAAUUGGCACAAAUUCAUGCCAGUGAAAGAGAUUAUGAAUUAGCAAGUAGUCUACUCGGAGUUGGCGUUGAUUAUGCUCAUAUUUCAGCAGCAAACUACACUAGAGUUUUGUUUUUAUUGAGCAGAGCAAUGCUUUUAUUAAUUGAAAAAAAAAUUAUGGAAGUGCACCCAUUAUUAAAUCAAGCAGGACAUUUGGUAGAUAAUUGGCAAGGCAGUACUCAUCAAAAAGAAUAUUUAAAAGUAUUCUUUCUUGUACUUCAGGUUUAUCAUUAUUUAAUGUCAGGACAAGUCAAAAGUGUUAAGCCAUGCUUAAAACAACUACAACAAAGUAUUCAAACUAUAAUGACUCCAACAUGGCCAUCAGAUGAGAUUGUUAGUGGUUCCAAUGUAGGUGAUAUGUUUGUGUGGAUGCCCAAAGAGCAUCUUUAUGUUCUUGUUUAUUUGGUUACAGUAAUGCACAGUAUGCAAGCUGGUUAUAUGGACAAAGCUCAAAAGUACACUGACAAAGCCCUUACCCAAAUCGACAAACUUAAAAUUGUAGAUAACAAACCAAUACUGUCAGUUUUUCAACUUAUUUUGCUGGAACAUAUCAUUAUGUGUCAUUUGGUUAUGGGAAAUAAAUCAUUAGCCUUGCAAGAAAUUUCACAAGCCUGCGGCCUUUGCCAUCAGCAUCCUAAACUAUUAGAAACCCACAGACCUCAAUUACACACUUUAUUGGGUCUAUAUGCAAUGAAUAUGAAUUGCAUGGAAGCUGCCGAAGCACAAUUUCAUGCUGCUUUGCGGACUUCAACGGAACGAGAGCUUUGGACUUUUGCAAAUUUGAAUUUAGCCAUUGUGUACUUACGAGCUAAAAGGGAACAGGAAUUCGAUGCUUUAUUUGAAAGAAUUAAUCCAGAAACAUUGCCCUCACAUUCUCAUAGUUUAAGAGCAGCUGCAUAUUACGUUCAAGGUCUUCAAUCCUUUUUUCAAGCAAAAUAUAAUGAAGCAAAAAGAUAUCUAAGAGAAACGUUGAAAAUGGCAAACGCCGAAGAUUUAAAUAGAUUGACAUCUUGUUCUUUAGUACUGUUAGGUCAUAUUUUUUUAUCUCUGGGAAAUAGCAGAGAAAGUAUGAAUAUGGUCACGCCGGCCAUGCAACUUGCAAGUAAAAUUCCCGAUGUUCACGUUCAGUUAUGGGCAUCGGCUAUAUUAAAAGAUUUGUUCAGAUUGUGUGGCGAUCCAGCGAGAGAAAAUGAAGCUUUUCAAAUGCAUUGUAAUUUUUCACAAAUGUUGUUGAAAGAUCAUUUUCAAUCGACUCAAAUGUCAGAACAUAAUUUAAUUCAUUGGACGGAGGGAAAUUUUCCAAUGUUGUUAGAUAAUUCCCCGAGUACAUCAUCAAAUUUAAUUUAA